GUAUACCUCAAUAAUAUCUUCUAACAAAAAAUACAUCAAUCGUUAGAAACCGAAUGAAAAAUUUAGCGGAAAAGAGAGAACUCUACUCUCAAGCCAAUACUCACAGCAAUUACCUUCUUUAUACAUAGUAUUGCAUUAUCUGAUGUCUCUCUGCUCCCUAAUACAUUUCGUCUCCUCUUCCCUAUAUAAACCAUCCCCAACUACCUAUUUUUCAUGCCAUACUAUCCUUCUCAUAUCUGAAUCAGCCCCAAACUACAGUAUACAUCAGUGCUCCAUUUCCUCAUUAUUCUCAUCAUCUCAAGGGCAGAGAUCGGAACAUUCGAUGGGCAGCCUCGACGCCCCAACUGCCGAGCUCUCUACUGGAUUCGAGCCCUUGGACCCUGAGCACUUCCGCCGCCAGGCCCACCAGAUGGUCGACUUCAUUGCCGACUACUACAAACGGAUCGAGACCUACUCAGUCCAGAGCCAGGCCUCGCCUGGGUACCUCCGGGCCCGCCUACCUGAGGCCCCACCCCACAACCCGGAGCCCUUAGAGUCUAUUCUCCGAGACCUAGAGGCUGAAAUUAUUCCCGGGAUCACCCACUGGCUCAGCCCCAACUUCUUCGCAUACUUCCCAGCAACGGCGAGCAAUGCUGCCUUCAUCGGCGAGAUGCUGUGCACGUGCUUCAAUACGGUCGGGUUCUCAUGGUUCGCCUCCCCUGCUGGUACAGAGCUGGAGAUGGUGGUCGUGGAUUGGCUGGCCCACAUGCUCCAGCUUCCUAAGUCGUUCAUGUUCUCCAACGGCACCGGCGGUGGCGGAGUGAUUCAGAACACCACCAGCGAGUCCAUCCUCGUCACCCUCGUGGCUGCCCGUGAUCGGGCCAUCGACUCCAUUGGAGCAGACUACAUGCAUAAGCUCGUAGCUUAUGGAUCCGAUCAAACCCACCCCACAUUCGCUAAGGCAUGCAAGAUUGUGGGAAUCCACCCGGGUAACAUCCGAUCAAUCCCUACGUCGAUGGAGACGGGAUUUGCCCUGUCCCCGGCCCUUUUGCGGGAGGCAGUGGCGGCAGACGUGGCAGCCGGGCUGGUCCCACUUUAUGUAUGUGCCACCAUGGGGACUGCCUCGACGACGGCAGUGGACCCAGUUGAGCCUACUGCUGAUGUGGCGGGAGAGUUCGGGAUGUGGCUCCAUGUAGACGCGGCCUAUGGAGGGAGCGCCUGCAUCUGCCCCGAGUUCCGGCACUACCUGAACGGCGUCGAACGGGCAGACUCCCUCAGCCUCAGUCCGCACAAGUGGCUGCUCACUUACUUGGACUGCUGCUGUCUGUGGGUCCGACAAUCGGGCUUGCUGGUCAAGGCCCUGAGCACUAACACGGAAUACCUAAGUAAUAGCCCGGCUGAGUCGGAAGUUGUCGUGCACUACAAGGAUUGGCAAGUGGGAACCGGACGCCGGUUCAAGUCGCUCCGGCUUUGGCUCGUCCUCAGGAGCUAUGGUGUUGCCAACCUCCAGGAACACAUCCGGUCCGACAUGAGAAUGGCGAGGAUGUUUGAGGUUCUUGUGAUGUCGGACCCACGGUUCGAGGUGGUUGUACCUAGGAACUUUGCCUUGGUAUGCUUCAGGUUGAGACCGACAGGCUCAGUCCAUGCAAACACACUGAACCAGAAGCUGCUGGAAUGGGUUAACUCCACUGGCCGGGCCUAUAUGUCGAACACGGUGGUGGGUGGCGUCUACGUGCUUCGUUUCGCAGUGGGGGCCACUCUCACGCAGGAGUGCCACGUGGUGGCGGCAUGGGACUUGAUUAGGCAAGGGGCUGAUGCGCUAUUAGAGGUCACCGGGAAAAAAAUAGAUUAAUUUCGGUUAAUAAACCGAGAAUAUCUUUUAAUCUUAAAAUAUAUAUUCAAUUAAAGAGGAUAUAUUGCAGUGAGAUACGUCUUCGUCUGACAAUAAAGAGAUUGUAAGUUUAAUACUU